UCUCCAAUUUUAAUUUUUACUUUAAAUUAGUGUGAGGUUAAAAUAGCCUCAUACGGUUUCCAUCUUGAAAUAUAUUCCUUCAGGAAUCACUAACUAUUUGAAACUUAGUUAGAUAAAUGCUUUCCCUGAUAAAAACAUCUAUCAGAGAUUAUAUCAUCAGGCUGGUUGUUCCAUUAUUUUAAUGGAAAGUUCCAUUCUUUUCCCACCUUUGAAAGAUUCAUUAUAUGACCUCUUCCUCUUAACUAAGGAUGGGCCAAUCAAUAUCCACAAUAAAUUCAACGCAUAACUUCAUCAGCUAUCUGCACUACACUUUCUUCUACAUCACUUUCUUUAACGAGUCCAAUCCAUUCUCCCCAUUUCUCAUCUGUUCUGAUAAUGUCAACUCACUUCUACCUUCAAAAGCUUGAAAGACUGGAAGGUCCAGACUUAAAAACAGCUUAUUCCUCACUGUUUUCAUAUUCCUGAACCAAUCACCUCCAUAUCACAACCUCUUCUUGGAGGUUCUGAAACAUACUCUUACAACACUACCUGAUUUGGUUAUUCCAUUAUGGCACUUUAGUAUUUUAGCAGUACCACAUCAUUAUUUCUCAUUAAGUGUGUUGAUAUUAGUCAUAGAGUCAUACAGCAUUGAAACAGACCCUUCAGCCCAAGCUGUCUUAUAAACAAUCAAGUGAACACGGAUUUCAUGUUUAUUUGCAUUAAGCAGAAGCAGCUGAACAUGUUCAGGUUGCACUGAUGUUUAUUUACCAUCUGUUCCGACAAGUAUCUUGCAUAAGCCUUUGCACUUUUCACUAAUUGACUACACCGUGACCCCAUUACAAAGUGCUUAGCGCUGUUACUGGAGUUGCAGUAUGAUACAUUAUUCAUUUGUGUGACUUUUGUAGGAUGCCCAGGUAUCCAUAAUGCAGUACAUAUUCGGGGGAAUAAAAAAAUAAAUUAACCACAGUGUGAACGUGGAAAUUAAAUUCUGACCUUCCACUGCGGGGUUCGUUAAUUAAUCAACGUGCAUCCAUAGUGUUACAUGAGAUGCACUAGUGUCCAUCUGGACGCUGCAACAGAGGCAGUGUGCAUCCAGAGAGUUGGGCUGGUGCACACCCAUAGUAUUAGAGGGGGUGCACCAGUGUGCAGCUGUAGUGGAUGCGGUCGUGUGCACUUCAGUGUUGCGGGUGUGUGUGUGUGUUCCAGUGUACAUUCGCUGUGCAGCAGGAUUGCAUUGCUAUUUCUGCCCCCGUCUGCAAGAGAACACUGAGGCGAUUGCUUACACUGGGAAUUGCAUUUGUUAUUAAGCUUUCUCCUGCAGGAGUUACGCCGUUGCGUGUCCUGAGCGCCGGAUGGUGUGCAGUUUGAGAGAUCCUCCUGCGAGUCUUUGGGGGCAGUUCCAGGUCGGCCCGCCCGCCCGUGUGAGUGAGGAAAGUGGAGGCGAGAAGCCGGCGGCUGCACUGUCCGUCUCGCUGGGUCGGCGCUCUCCCAUUUAGCGGUGUCAAGGCUGCCGGGCGUGGAUGUGGUUGAUGCUGCUGUGCUGCACCUGGAGGGACGAUCGGAUGGGAGAAGAGGAGGGGGGACGUUUGCCUUGCUGUGCGGGAUGUGGCCGCUCCAUCUAUGAUGGUCAAUACCUUCAGGCUCUCAAUACAGACUGGCACAACGCCUGCUUCAGGUGUUGUGAGUGUAACAUUUCACUCACCCAUUGGUAUUACGAGAAGGAGGGCCGGCUCUACUGCAAGAAGGACUACUGGGCUCGCUUUGGGGAACUGUGCCAUGGCUGCUGCGAGCAGAUCACCAAAGGGCUGAUCAUGGUCGCUGGGGAGCACAAGUAUCACCCAGAAUGCUUUACAUGCCUAAAGUGCGGUGCGUUUAUUGGAGAUGGCGACACUUAUGCAUUGGUAGAGCGCUCCAAGCUCUAUUGUGGUUGCUGCUACUACCAUACGAUAGUCACCCCCGUCAUUGACCAGAUUCUUCCAGACCCUCCCUGCGCUCGCAUUCCACACACUGUGACAUUGGUUUCAAUACCAGCCUCGACAGAGGGAAAGCGAGGUAUCUCUGUGUCCAUCGAUCAGCCCUGCAGUCCCAGGAGCUGCUCUUCGGAGCAUGUGCAUACUGUACGGGUCAAAGAAGUUGAUACGGACUGCAUCAGUCCAGAGGUGAAAAAUUCCAUUCAUGUUGGUGACAGGAUUCUGGAAAUCAAUGGAACGCCAAUCAGGAAUGUGCCUCUAGAUGAGAUUGACCUUCUGAUCCAGGAGACCAGCCGUUUGCUUAAGCUAACCAUAGAACAUGACCCACAUGACCCAAUGUUGGAGAAUCAAGUGGACACUGCCAAUCCAAUGUCGGAUGUCUACAGCCCCCAGAGACUAAGUGCUCCAAAUGGAGAAGACAGCGCAGUCAAGAAACGGCCCAUCAUGAGAAGCUGUAGUAUUGAUAAAUCUCCCAGUGUUGGAUCGCCUGUCUCCCAAACGAAAGACUUGGGCCGCUCCGAGUCCCUGAGAAUUGGCGCCGCAAUGCAUCGUAUCUUCCGCCCAUCUGACCUGAUCCACGGCGAAGUGCUGGGAAAGGGCUAUUUUGGCCGGGCCAUUAAGGUGACUCAUAAAGAGACUGGAGAGGUCAUGGCAAUGAAGGAACUGAUCCGAUUUGAUGAGGAAACUCAGAGGACCUUUCUGAAAGAGGUUAAGGUGAUGCGCUGCCUCGACCACCCAAAUGUUCUCAGGUUCAUCGGUGUCCUUUACAGAGACAAGAGGCUGAACUUUAUUACAGAGUACAUCAAAGGUGGAACACUGCGAAGCAUCAUCAAAGAUUUAGAUACACCAUUGUCAUGGGAUCACCGAGUGAGCUUUGCCAGAGACAUCGCUGAAGGAAUGUCCUAUCUGCAUUCCAUGAACAUCAUCCACCGAGAUUUGAACUCUCAUAACUGUCUAGUGCGUGAGAAUAAAACCUUAGUGGUGGCAGAUUUUGGAUUAUCUCGUCUAAUGAUUGAAGAUAAGAAGCAGGAUAGUCAGUCCGUGAGGAAACCGGACAGAAGGAAACGCUACACUGUGGUGGGAAACCCUUACUGGAUGGCUCCGGAGAUGAUCAAUGGAAAAAGCUAUGAUGAGAAAGUUGACAUCUUCUCAUUUGGGAUUAUGCUGUGUGAGCUGAUUGGCAGAGUGAAUGCAGACCCAGAUUACUUGCCCAGAACAUCAGACUUUGGUCUGAAUGUCCCGGUAUUCUUGGAUCGAUACUGUCCUGAGGAAUGUCCAGCUGCCUUCUUCCCACUUGCAGUCAUGUGCUGUGAUCUGGAUCCUGAAAAGCGACAGUCCUUCAUGAAGUUGGGGCAGUGGCUUUUGGCCCUGAAAUUGCAUGUGGAGAUGCACCUCCCUCUCGCAUCUGACCUGGAACAGAUCGAUCAGUCCUUCUUCCAGAAUCAUUCGAGGAGCAAGGAGAAGUUUCUGGAGCCCAUGUGAGACGUCCAUACUGAGCAGGAAGCUGAACCAUCACAGUGUAAUCUCCGAGCAUGCUGAUGUUCAGCUGACCAACUUCACGUAACCACACAUUUCACCUGCGUGCAGGGUACAAUCCACCCGGCAAGUACUCUGCAGAUGUUUAUAAUCCUGCAGGGUGACCUUUCAGCUUUAACAUUUCACAGGAUAGCAAGGCUCGACCAUCCACAUUCAGCUGGACAUAGAAAGAAGGUGCACAGUAAAUAAGACAACGGUGUAAGUGACUGUUUCCACAUGGGCAUUCCUGGAGCAAUGGCGCCCAAAUCAGACAUCAUGAAUGCAUUCUGGAGUUGGUGUUGGGACCACAACAUUGUAGUUCAAAUUAUAAAUUUAGAAAAAUAUGCUUUGGGGUAAUGAAUAUAAGGUAUUUUGGCACUGCAACUCCACUCUGAGCAAACAUAGAUUUGCAGUAGAAAAAUGUGACUAAGUCUUAUAAGGGGCCAUGGGAUGUUUGGUGUGAAAACUGCAAAGUUGCCAUGCUAUACUGUAGAAAGUGCUGUUUGGAUUGGGCAGAGUAAGAUAUAGUGUGCCUAAGCUGCAUCUAAAGUGAAUGCAUUCCAUCCCUCAAUCUGAUGGGGAUAAAUGUAGAAACCAGCAUUGAGCAGUCCGCAGGGUGACAAUUUGGAUGCAAUUAUUAGUGAACUGUAGUGAUUAUGUACCAUGGUUUAGAAAAAAGAAAUGUUUAAUUAAAGGGUUGAAGGAUAUCGUGAAAAAUUGUAACUUGCCGCACAACAUCUGGUAAAGAGCUGUCAGUUAAGAUUAAGGAUCUUUAAUGAAGCAAAUGAUUAGCUAUUGCUUCAAGGAACUAUCAGAAUGGAAGUUACAAAACAGUAACCACUACAAUUGUGGGAGCUCUGAGAAUGGAUCUUGGUGAGUUGCUCGCAUUUGCCUGUACACUUGACUGAAAUUAAGUCCCUUUGGGGACCCAUAUACUUUCUUCAACCUUUUCUGUUUCUCUUGGUCGAUCUCUGGCUUUGACCUGCUGUUCUCACUGACAUAACCCACUGUCUUAAAGCUUGCAGCACCUUAAUUUUUUGUUUUAAUUCCAUUUUAAACAUUCCUAUUUGUAACAAGAUUUAUUUAGCUUUUCUUUUGCUUUAUUUGUUUUUGGAUUCCCUUGUUCCUUUUCUGCCUCUCACGGGUGUAUUCAACCACUUUAUUGGUAUUGUUGUUAAUCUUAAUCUAUGCAUAAUCUUUUCCGCUUCAAGGAUCGUUGACCCAUUUAUGCUUAGUAACCCAACUGUUUUAUUUAACCAUGAAUUACAGGAUAUCCAACAUUUCUGGGGGGAAAUGGAGUAUGUCAAGAUUCAAACCUUGGCCUGGCAUAAAGCCCUUGGCAGAACAAUACAAGAAUCCCCAAAUACCUUUCAUUGUUAAUGAUCCUGAUUCCAUAAACAGUGGCUAUCUAGCGAUAUCUACCACACAUGCACUUGUGCAUUCUGAUAAAUGUCCCAAAGGCAAUAAUCUGUUCUUCUGACUGAAGUUUUUGGUUCUGUAAUUUGCAUAAAUCUUUUGGCUGGCUAUUUUGGAUUGUGCGUUAAUUCUCCUUCUCUACCUCAGAUUAACAUCAACAUUGCACUUGGUCUGAUUUUGUUUCUUGAGCAUCCCAAGUUUUCUGCUCCCUCCCCUGUGUUCAUACCACUUAUUUUCUUUUCAGUACUUGUUUUGUAUUGGUAGACAAAAGUUGUGAUCACGCACUUACACUUGUCCUGAAUAGGAAUCUGCAUUUAAAAAAUUAGGUGUUGCAUCUCACAUCUAAAUCGUUGGCUAUUACUCACCCGAGAGAGAGUUGAAAAUCUCUCUGACCAAGUAUGUGUUUGCCAAGGCAAUCCUGCAGUACACAACAGCUACAGUUGAAAUUCUCACCCUCUGGCUAGAGCAGGAUUCUCUUGAGGUUGGGCCAAGUCACAAAGUGGAAACCCAUGUUGUAUUGGACUGGAUAAUUGGUAGCUAUAAAGGAAUGAUUCGCAGACUUUAACCUGUGAUUACAUUCCCAUUUACUGGAGAUGCAGUUCAAAUGAAGCUUUGACUCUUUGAUUCUUCAGGUGAUGAAAUAGUUAACAGGGAUUGAUUCAUUGACAUUUUAUUUAUCAAUAACCAAGUCGGAUGAUUUCCACCCAGCCUCAAGAAAACUAAAAAAACGUUCUUUUCACUUCACAUUUCCUGUUAAAUAUUGAACCAAAUCUUAUUGAUUGAGAAUAUAAAUUUGAACUUUUCAUAUCCUGUCUUCACAACCAAACACAGCAGUGAACAUGAUUGAGACUUUGAGUAAAACAGCAUGAAGGGAUGUAUGACCUUUGUACAAUUAAUGAUAAGAUUGUGAGCUUGAAGUCUAUGUAGUUGACUGAUGCAAUAGUCUCCAUUCCAGGGAGAGAAGAUCUGCAUUUAUGCCAACUACCUUGUUAAUAGAUCAGUCUGACCAACUGGUUUAUAUAAUAGUCUGUCGGCCAAGAACUGGAAAACUAAAACUGAGAAUUCUAAGAAAUUAUUCAUUUCAAAAUAUGUUUCCAAGGAUUUAUGAUGUGAUAGUGUGUUAAUCCUGCAGGUACAUAUGAUGUACAUUAAGGAUUUUGCUUGAAUGCUAUCCACUUUUUUUUUAAUAGCUUUAACACCUUAAAACAUUCCUCAUUCAAAUGAUCCAAAAAUGGUGCAGAGAAUAGGGCAGCUCUCUGACUUAGUGAAGGUUACAGUGUAGUGGAUCACCCACGUUAGUGGAUUCCUGGUCCUGCAACGAAUUGUCACGAGGAUAUUAUACUUGGUUUCUGCGUUCCUCCUUUUGGAAUGGUUGGAACAAAGUUAAAUUCUUGAUUCAUUGCCGCCCACAGUCGACAUUGUCUCAAUCCCUCCAUGAAGAACGGCAGCUGAACUAGAUUUGGAUCCACUGCCCAGCAUGUUGGUGCCUUCAGUGGUCAAGGGAGAAACCUGCAAAAAUGAAGCAUUAUUUUUGCCAUAUGAUGCUGUCAGUUUUGUACUGGAACUUUACACAAUUCCAUUGUAAAGGGCCAUGCCCAGACAAAAGGAAUGUUAUUUGUAGGGUAUUAGAAGAUAAAUAAUCAUUAAGUGUAAUUCAUUUAAGUCUUAACCAAGUGAAGCCCUUAAUCUUUGCCAUCAGUGUGCAUGGGAUGAGGUAAACACCACUAAAACAUGCAAUGCAAACACUGUCUCAUCACACUAAGUUGUUCUGUGCCUUGUUUAGCCAGAGCUGCCAAGGACCAGUGAGUGACUCAAAACAUUUCCUAAAAUGUAUUAAUUUAUUGUUUCUGUGAAUUCACUUAUUGUUCAGUUUAAUUCUCAUGUUUAUGUUGUGAAACUCAAACUGUGAACAUGGUGCACUUUAAACACAAGAGGCUGACUGACAGCAAGUCUGUAAAGUAUUAUAAUGGGGAAAUGGAAUAAAGCCAGCUUCAUCUCAACCAAAA